GCUCGCGAGAGGUUUGAAGUAGUAUGCCCAGAAGGAAACAGCACACGCCGAAGCGCGCGGCAGUGUAUGAUGUUAAAGAGACAGUUCGACAAAAUGAGGACAGAAGAGUUGACGAGAAGAAACCAAUGGGUCAUGAUUACUUCAGGAGGGAUGACGUCUCCCAAACAUCAAAGACUGAGCAGUGCUCCUCUGCUGAGACUAACUACAAUUCACACAAUCAUGAGCCAAAUGAACCAAUGUCAGAUACUGAAAGCAGCCCAAACAAAAAUACAGCUGAGCCUACAGAAGACAGUCUUGAUGGAGAAACCGCAAAGUUCGUGUUUGGUUCAGAUAGUCUGGAACAGAUAAAAGCCAUUUCUAAAAGUUUUCUCUCAAACUCCUGCUGGUCCUCACUGAGUUUGCAUCCUCAGCCGUGUGUAGAGAAAACAUCGGAGAACAGCAGUAGCAGUCCUGGGGACAGCUGCUACGAUUGGCACCAGUCUGCAAUUGCAAAAACCUUGCAACAGGUUUCUGAAAAACAUCACCCAGCAACAGAGCCAAAUCUUUUCAGCAGCGUUCAACUUUACCGCCAAAGUGCUAGACUCUACGGGUCCAUCUUCACUGGCGCAAGCAAGUUCCACUGCAAAAGCUGUAGUGCAUCGUAUGAUACUUUGGUCGAUCUUACAGUUCACAUGAACGACACGGGCCACUUUCGUGAUGACAACCAUGAGAAGGUAGGACAAGGUGCCAAGAGCUGGUCCAAACCACGCAAACGCUCCCUGCUGGAGAUGGAGGGAAAGGAGGAUGCCGAGAAGGUACUACGCUGCAUGUACUGUGGACAUUCCUUUGAGUCCUUGCAAGACCUCAGCGUUCACAUGAUCAAGACCAAACACUACCAGAACGUGCCUCUGAAAGAACCCGGAACAAGCAUCACUGCUGCUAAGGUUAUUUCCUCGUUUAGGAAGAGGGCACCCAUGCAAGUAGACGUCACUAAAUUUAAUGCCACAGAUCAGAAAAAACACUCUAAAGGGCCUCAGGUAAAGGAUAAUUUCUCCCAUGUUUCUGGAAUUACCAAAACAGACCAAAAUAUUGUGACCAAGUCUCAUAUUUUGAGAUGUAUGGAGUGUGGAAGUUCCUGUGAAUCUUUACAUCAGUUAACUGCCCACAUUAUGCUGACAGGUCACUUUGUCAGAGGCAAGAAUUCUCUUCAAAUAGCAGAUGAAGCUAAAACUAAAACAACUGAUGAGAAGUCCCGAACAGAGACAGAUGGUCCAUCUAAACCAACUGAAACCAUCAAGUUGCCCCUAACCCAUUGUUCCAUUCAGAACAGUACACAGGAAGACAACCAAGAGAAUGUCUCAAUGAAAAAAGGAAUUUGCAGAGAAUCGGCAAAUAAAAAUGAUGCAGAGGAGAGAUACAAUAUAUCCUCAAAAUUUGAUUACCUUACUGAGGAAGAUUUAAAGGAGAGUCCAAAAUUGAACCUUGACAUCCUUAAGUCACUGGAAAAGACCGUUACGUCUGCCAUUACCAAAGCGCAGAAGGGUACCCCAAGCUGGGGAGGAUACCCAAGCAUUCAUGCUGCCUACCAGCUAGGGAAGAACACAAGGUCUUUCCUCUACAAUUCAGCUCACCUUUCCUCUACAAAACAACUGGUACCUGGUAUAGAGAUUCAGUCCUCAGAUAAAAUGUUAAUCUCGCAGUCUCCUCCACUUGGUGGUGCUUCAGCUGGAGGGAACCCGCAUGCUGUGGAGGGACUGGGUAAGAAAGUGAUGGAGGAGUUCGUUGAGGAACAGAUGAAGGGCCCUGAUGAGCAAGUUUCCCUACGAAGGCAGUUCAUAAACUCUCCCUUUACAAGUGCUGACAUGAAAUCAUCAGCAUCCAGUUCGCCCACUUCAGCGAGAUAUGAAGCAUCAGAGAGCAGAGAUGUCAAGGUUGCUGAUAAUGGGAAUAACACAGAUGAGAGAAGUUCAAAAAAAUGUGUAGAAGGUUUCAAAAAGGACCCCACCUCUAUGCUAGCUUUGUAUGACAAUGUUGUAAAUACUGUAAAUACUAUAAAUACUGUAAAUACUAACCCAGAACCAAAACAGCCCUUUGUUAGUCCAAUAAAUGCCCUCCAGACAGUAAUGAAUCUUCAUCUAGGAAAAGUGGCUAAACCGGUGAGGUCAGCGCAGGACCCGAUGACCAUGCUCCUGAACAUGAGCAGUAGUAUCACAGAGAGAGCCAUCAUGGCAGUGCCUCCUCCAGACUCACCGCCACAGCCAGCGCAUCCAGAUGUCCAUCACAUUGACAAAGACCAACCAAUAGAUUUAUCAAAGGGCAAAAAAAGGAGGUAUUUUGCAACCACUUCUCAACAGCCACAAGGAAAGGUGUUGAACUCUUCUGCGCUUGGAAUGACUAGGACGGAUUUAACUGAUAUAAUAAUGUGCAGUCCUGUGAGUCCAGCAUAUGAGAGUGCCCUCUCGGAUAUAUCGGACAUGUUAAGGAAUUUGUCAGACCCACUCGGUACCAAGGUCCAAGAGGUCAGAUGUCCAAAGUCCAAACCAGCAGCACCUUCCCAUAAUGCUGUGCGGUCUGAGGUCGAAGGUGUCCUUGCUCCCAAUGAGGGAGAUGAUGCAUCCAUGGUGCACAAACGUAAAGGCAGGCAGUCUCACUGGAACCUCCAGCACCUACUGAUCCUGCAAGCCCAGUUCACAUCCGGCCUCAGGCAGAUAUCUGGAGGAAAGUACGUCAUAUCAGACUUGAGCCCUCAGGAAAGGAUGGUCAUCUCGCGUGUUACUGGGCUUUCAAUGACCACCAUCAGCCACUGGCUCGCCAACGUGAAAUACCAGCUGAGGCGGACGGGCAGAACCAAGUUUCUCAAAUAUGUGGACUCUGGCCACCCUGUUUUCUUCUGUAGUGAAUGUGCCAUGCAAAUCCAGACACGUUCUACGUACCUCUGUCACCUCGAGUCGCAUCUUGGGUUUAGGAUGCGGGACUUGGCAAAGUUUUCUUGCAAAAACCUUAAUAAAAAGGUUGUAAGAGAUUCAAAGAUUUUAUCCCAAAAAACUUCCCUGUCUCCUUCCUCACAUGGUGCAGGUCAGGAACAGUUAUAGCCAGCACUGUAAUAUUAGAUCUAAGGGUCAUGGCUGACUUGGCAUGACACAAUGCAUCUCAUGUAGUCAGUAGUUAAUAAAAACUGACAUAUACAGAAUAUAAAUCUGUGUAAUUUGCACAGGAUGUGUAUCAUAGGUGGAUUAAAAAAUAGAAAAGUGUCUUGUAAUGUAAAAAAAUAAAUCAUAAAUAUAAUCUGGUAAGAAUUCUCUCUCACAAUGCCUCUUCAUGAAGCGAUAUUUAAAUUUAAUUCUGCUUUCAUGUUCUCAAAAUACGCAACAUACUGUCUUAAAAUAAUAUGUGUUCUUUUUUGCAUUAAUCUGUAUGCAUUUCUUGGCAUUGAUGGGUUUAUACAGUUCAAAUAGGCAUGUACAUUCAUACAACGCUACCCUCAUCAUUCUAAAAAUUGCCAAAUGUGUCAUACUUUUAUUGAAUUAUUUUAGUGUGUAUUUGUCCGUUAAAUGUGCUGUAGUCUUUGUUUCUUCAGAAGGAUUGUUUGGAGCUUCACAUUCAACAUUUGUUGAUGUUGUCUGCUUUUGUUUUUGCAAUACAGAAUUUCUACAAUCUGUCAGUAGUUUUUGUUAUAAGCUUAUUUGUAUCUCCAUAACUGAACAUGGAUUUUUUCCAGAAUGUAAAUAUCUGAUUUUUUCCAGAAUGUAAAUCCAUUA